AUGCGUCGCCACUUCUCCAUUGCCGCUAUCUUGUUCGCGUUGCUUGGUGUUUGUUCGUGUUCCGGCCCACUUGUGGUUCGAUCAGAAGUAGAAAACAGCGCAAGCGAUGCUAACGCGCAAACUUCGCGUGUGGUGGUAGUAACGGGUGCUACGGGUCAACAGGGCGGCGCAGUCGCGCGUGAGCUCCUCAAGCGGGGCUACCUCGUUCGUGGACUGACUCGCAACCCUAACAGCGAUAGAGCGCGGGCAUUGAUGGCGCUUGGCGCACACAUGGUGAAGGGCGACUUUGGCGAUCCCGACUCAUUGCGGUCAGCGAUGGCGGGGGCUUACGGCGUAUUCGCGAUGACUGACUUCUGGGAGCAUGGAUUCAAUACUGAGGUUAUUCACGGUAGAGCUUUGGUUGACGCGGCGGGCGCAGAGGGGGUCGAGCAUUUCGUCUACAGCUCGGUAGGAAGUGCCGAUGAGAAUACGGGUAUUCCGCAUUUCGAUUCCAAGUUCGCCGUUGAGCAGUAUUUGGUUGAGUCCGGACUUCCCUACAGUAUUGUUCGGCCGGUCGCGUUCUUGGAUAACUGGAAGUAUGCACGCGAAGAAUUGAUGUCUGGGCGUCUGACUGACCCACGCGAUCCAGAUAGUCAGCAACAGUGGAUUGCUACGAGCGAUAUCGGGUUUUUCGUGGGCGAAGCUCUCGAUCAUCCAGAUCAUUGGUUGGGGCAGGCGCGCGAUAUUGCCGGUGAACAGCUGACGUUAAACGAAUUUGUACAGGUGGUUUCUGAGGUACUGGAUAGGCCGGUGCGCUACCACCAAAUCAGCUGGAAAACCUUUGAGAAGAACGCCGGUGAGGAAAUGACUCGGAUGACGCGCUGGUUUCAGGAAGUCGGUUACUCAGCAGAUGUAGAAGGCCUGCGAGCGCGCUACCCCGGAUUGACUUCAGCCCGGCGGUACCUGUCUGAGCUUGGCUGGGUCGAGCUCUAG